UCUUACAGUUAAAGAUCACUUUCAAUAUGUCGGUUUCGGAUCUGAUUGGUGCCCUUGAUGCCAUUCCCAAGCUCACCGUUCCCGAGUCUCUUGUGCCAGAAGAAACUUCGGUUUUCCUGGAUGCUCCUGAAUGGCUAACCGAGAGCUAUCUCCAGGAUGCCUUGCGCAAAUACUACAACGACCAACACAUCAGGAUCAACUGGGUCAAGGUGAAUCCUGCCUUGGGCAAGGGUGAAAACUACGGUGGAGUCCUCACUCGUGUGAAGGCGCAGUUCACUCGGAGCGAUGGUAGCUCCCAACUGGGUCACUACAUUGUAAAGUCGACUUUUGAGGGGAAUGAGUUCGCCCAGAAUGCUAUGAAGCCGUACGACAUCUUCAAUCGGGAGAUGAUCAUCUACGAGCAGGUCCUGCCCAAGCAGAAGGCCCUCCUCCGGGAGAUCGGCGAUGCGGAGCAGAUCUUUGCCGAAACCAUGGCGGUGGACAUAGAUAACUCGGCGCUGAUUUUCGAAGAUCUUAAUGCUCGUGGCUUCGUAAUGCCGGAUCGUUUGGUCGGAUUGGACCAGAAACUAGCUCGAAUUGUGCUCCGUAAGCUGGCCAAGAUGCAUGCCACUUCGGCAGUCCUAAACGAACGCGAGAACCACAUCCUCGAGAGCUACGAUCGGGGGUUCUUCAACCGCUACACCGAUAACUACGAACCAGCAUUUGUGGGCAUGCUCCAGGCGGCCACUCGCCGUGUGGCUCAGUGGCCAGGAUACGAAAAGUACGCGGAGAAGUUAAAGGCUCUGGUGCCCAUCUACAUGGAACUGGGCAAAAGAAUCUUCGACAUUAGUCCCGGGCACAUUAAUGUCCUGGCCCACGGAGAUCUUUGGACCAAUAAUGUGCUCGUUAAGUACGACAAGCAGACCGGGGAGCCAAUUGACGUGGUUAUUAUUGAUUUCCAAUACACGGCCUGGGGAUCGCCGGCACUUGAUCUGUUUUACUUCAUGAACUCCUCGCUAGAGUUCGAUCUUCAUCAGAACCAUCAGGAGCAGCUGAUUGCCUACUACUUCAGCCAUUUCGCUGAUACAUUGAAAAAACUGCAGUACCGAUCUACAAUUCCAAGCUUGCAUCAGUUCCACCAGCAAUUGCAGCAGAAGAAAUUCUACGCUGCCCACACAUCCAUUUCGGUGUUUCCAGUUCAGCGCAAUGUGGAAACCGCAGAUGCCGAUUUUAAUGCCCUGAUGGAGACCAACCAGCGGGCCAUGAAUUUCAAGGAUGCCUGCUAUAGGAAUCCGAUUGCUCAAAGGAUCUUGCGGGAACUUCUGCCCGAUUUCGAGGCAGAGGGUCUUCUUGAUGCCGACCAGUAAGAAAGCUUCACAAUAUACCUGUGUUAUGUAGUAUUAGUUAGACAAAAUGUAUCCAAAGAAAAUAGAACAAUUGUAUAUGUAUUAAGUUAAGAUAUUUUAGUAAAGUAAUCUAAAGCACAUUCUAUAUACCACUUGUAAUACAAAUAACCGUAUAUCAUAUCAA